AUGGCACAACCCGACCUGACAUCGCAUCACGUCAACUACCUAAUAUGGCGGUACCUUCAAGAAUCAGGUCAUGGCGACGCUGCCGUAUCACUGCAGCGCGCAUGGUACCCCGACCCCCAGACGUUGCCCUUUGCGCGUCACAUCAAAACACACGCGCUGGUGUCGCUGGUCCAGAAGGGCCUGCAGUACCACGAGCUAGAGUCCUCUAUUGACAAGGAGGGCAACCCCAUCACGCUUACACCUACCGACUACUUUUUCGGACCGGAACCCUUUGAAGUAAACACCUUGAGUAGCCGCGAUGAGGCGACCGCCGCUCAACUACCUGCGCCGGAGCCGGCGCACGACCGCAUGACAAAUGGCCACCCGGUCGAGGCUCCCGGCCAAACGACCCAGAAGAGAGAGACCAACGGCGAUGAGUCGAUGGACGUGGAUGAGGCCGAGAGCAAACCAGGUAGCCCAAUGCCCCCGCACCCGCACUCGCACUCGCACCCAAUGCCGGACGUGGACGGCGACGGCGACGUGAGCAUGGGGACGAUGGGUCCCGAAGAGGUCCCCCAGGAACCCACCCUCAGCACUGGCAGCAGUGUGGGCAUCCAGAUCUCUCCCGCCAAGGCCGCCGAUUUGACUCCCGACACCGCUUUGCUCGAUGAAGAUCACGUGCUGUCCACCAGCUGGCGCCCGCGGGAUCCCACGCUACUCGUGGCCGCCGGCGACACCUUCUGCAGCUUGUGGAAGCUGUCAUCGUCGACCGCGCCGGUGCAGAACAAGUUCCUGGAUCUCAAGGGGACGGGGGCAUAUGUAUCCGGCGUGGCGUGGGAUGGCAUCGGCGCGAAAUUGGCCGUGGCCUCCUUCCGCGACCUGAAGGGAAACGUGACCAUGUACAAUGCAGACGGCAAUGUCGUGGAUUUGUUGCCCGACCUUCCCCGGGUGAUCAGUGGGUUGUACUGGGCCGAUGAGAGCCCUCAGCUGGUGAUCGUGGCAUCGGAUGAACGGACCUCCGAACUGGCACUCUGGGACGACAGUCGACGACCCGAUGUAUACCCGCCGCCCCAGGUGAUCGACAACCAGAUCUACGACCUUGCCUGGUGUGGACGCCACCAGGUGUUUGCCUGUGGAAAUGGCGCCAUUUACGAAUGUGAGGUGGACAAUAACAUUCGCCUGGCCAAGACAUACCCCUCCCAAGAUCCCGAUGCGGCCUGGACUUUCAUCCGCUGCGCUCACACCACCAGCUAUUCCGUUGCAGUCACGGCGAGCGCGACCAGCUCGACGAUCUGGAUUCCCACUCAUGACAUAGUGAUCGAGACCGCCCACCAAGACGUCAUCACAGCGAUCGACAUUCGUCCGCAGUCGCCAUCGCCAGCGAAGCCGCGGAACAGCUCCAUCCUCAUUGCUUCAUACUCGGCUGAUAGCACCGUCGGUGUGUGGCAGGUGGACCUCGACUCGAAACAAUACAAGUCCGUCCACCGCCUGCGCCUCGGAUCCUCUAUCCCCGCCCUGACCGGCGGGUUCUCGCCCGACGGAUAUGCACUCGGCGCCGUCAGCAAAGACCAGCUGUUCAUCUGGAACGUCGAGCGUGGCGGUGAUCCGAUGGCUACGUGGAAUGCUCCUUCUGCGGAACAGGUCAAGGAGGACCCGGACCGCGCAACCCAUGGACAGAAUGGCCAUGCACCAUCCAAUCCAGACCGUUCCCUGUCAUGGGACCCCGAUGGGAAGAAGCUUGCGUGCGGCUUUGGAAAUCAGAUGGCUAUCGUAAAUCUACAGCGGUGA